AUGUCAAUUUUGGUCUACGAUCGCGAGCACAACUUCAAGAAAUGGUACAUCUACUGGAUUCCCAAGACUAAGAUGCUUGGUGUAAAAGACGAUAAAGAUGUCGUUUACGAGAAAAUGUGCACACUUCAAGAACGUACCGAUAUCCUCAAAGUGAGCAAGUCAUUGGUGGAGGAAAAGUGGAGUUCCCUCUUCUCUGAAAGUGGCCUUCAUAUCGAAGAAGUUUGUGAGAAGGAGCUUGUGCUCACGUUUGCACUUCAAAGAAAUAUUACUCUAGAGCGUACGGAGCUUUCUGGAAGAUUCGAUGAGUGCCUCUACUUGGAAUAUUUGCGUCUCAAGACGCUAACCAAUGUUUCGCCAAUGAAAAGAAAACGUACUGCCUCAACCGUCGAACAUGUUAUCAGAUCCGAUGAUAUCAAGCCCAUUCUUGCUCCAAAAAGCGAUCCUGUCAAAAAACGAACAACUCGUAUGGCUGCCAAGGCCAGUGGACCAGAGUUUGACGAUGAAUAAUUUCACAAUUAAUUAACCCCAUCUUUCUUGUUCCAUGAUUGCAUUGAUUCCUUUUCCUGUAAAUACUUAAUCUCUCGCAUGCAGCUAUCUCCAUUUGUUGAUUCGUAUUUUCAUGUAUUUCCCAAACUCGUUCAAGGUUCUCAAUUUAUUAUGAGAAACAAUCAUAUAACAAAGCAGUUAAUUUU